AAAGUAGGGUCUCUACUUUGAACUUUGAUUAAAAAAAAGAGCUCAGAGUUCGCAAAACAAAACCAAACCCACCUGCAUUCACGCUUCUCAUUUCCCUCUCUUCGCUUCCCAACAAUAAAAAUCUCGCCUUUACCCCCACCCCACAAGCAGAAAGAGAGGUGAACCUUUCCCCAGAUCAAGAGGAUUCAGGGGGGGAAGCAAAAUGGACUCAAGGGACGCGGCACCGCCACCGGGGAUGGUGGGGGUUGUGGGGUCCACCGGCUCCUACCCCAACGCCGGCCCACCACAGCCACCGCCGCCGCAGCAGCCGCCGCACCUGAUCAACCCCAAUUCGUCUGCGGUCAUGAUGCAGCACAGGUUCCCCUUCAACUCCAUGGUGGGCGCCGCACCGCCACCCCCGCCGCAGCAGCACCAGCACCAGCACCAGCAGCACCAGCACCAGCACCAGCAGCAGCAGCAGCAGCCGGAGGGCAUGGAUUCCCUCAAUAAUGCCGGCGGCAUUUACGACGGAUCGUCGCAGGCGGGGCUGAGGCCGGGCGGUUUCUCCAUCGAGCCGGCCAAAAAGAAGCGUGGGAGGCCCAGGAAGUACACUCCCGAGGGCAACAUUGCCCUAGGGCUCGGACCCACUUCAGUGCACUCCUCCUCUGGCGGGGAUCAUCAUCAUCACCAUGGCGGUGGAACCAGUGGCGGCGGGGGUGAUGGGAACCUCACGGGCUCGUCUGAGCAUCAGGCCAAGAAGCACAGAGGGAGGCCACCUGGGUUGGGAAAGAAGCAAAUGGAUGCUUUAGGAGUUGGUGGAGUUGGUUUUACUCCGCAUGUGAUCCAUGUUGACGCUGGUGAGGACGUAGCCUCCAAAAUUAUGGCCUUUUCUCUGCAAGGACCUCGUACAAUUUGUAUUCUCUCAGCAAGUGGAGCUAUCUGCAAUGUAACCCUCAGGCAGCCAGCAUUGAAUGGUGGGACUGUGACAUAUGAGGGCCGAUUUGAGAUAAUCUGUCUAUCUGGGUCCUUCCUGUGUCCUGAAAAUGAAACUGGUCGCAGCAGAGCUGGCGCAUUAAGUAUAUCAUUAGCAGGUCCAGAUGGUCGAGUGUUGGGUGGAGGGGUUGCAGGAUUGCUAAUAGCCGCUACACCUGUACAGGUUAUUGUUGGAAGCUUCCUUUCAAGUACAAAGAAAGCAUCUUCGAGUGCUCUCAAGUCUGACUCUUCUCCGACGCCACAGGGUCCACAAUCCCAUAUGUUGAACUUUGGUGCGACUGGGACGGCAGUGAGUCCCCCCUCUGAUGGAGCAUCGGGUGAAUCUUCUGAUGAAAACGGUAAUAGCCCAAUUAACCACCGACCUUCCGGACACUACAACAACACUAGCCAGCCGAUCCACAAUAUGCAGAUGUACCACCACCUGUGGGCUGGCCAAACUCCUCACUGAAGAAGUCAACUCAGAUAUAACCGGCUUUCUGGGUACUCAAGUUGAGAUCAUUAGUUAUCGUAGCCGCAGAAAUAUAUACAUUUAGGCCAACUUGGCAGGCAUCACCCGAAUGACGAUUUAGUGAGACAUCCUCUCAUCGACUCCAUCUUAUUUCUUGUUUAGCCUUCUUUCUCUUUCUGAACUUGGUUACUGGGUUUUUGAACUUGAAUCUUAUCGGAACAUGGUGCUGUUGUUGAUAGUUGAUACCAUGGGAAGCAUUUUCUUGAGGAA